AUGGAUUUUUUUAAAAAUUUAAAACCAAGCGAUAUUUGUAUUGAGUUACAAAAAGUUGAUAUUGAAGAAGAUAUGGGCAAAAAUAAGGAAUAUUGUACGGAAUGGAUUAACAAUGUACUUCAAAAGUGUAGUAGCAAUUAUCAUGUAGAAGAACUAUACAAUGAUCUUAAGAGUGGAAUUAUUCUCUCGGAUGUAAUAUAUGCAUUUACAGGAGUUAAACUUAAAUUAAGCCCAGAAUCUUUUUUAAAUAAUAAACCUGUAAUGAUAAUUAAUUUACUUAUGGUUAUCAAAGCCAUGGAAAAUGAUGGAUUAUUUUUAGUUAAUAGUAAUCCUAUUGAUAUUUAUGAUGGAAAACCAAAAAUUAUACUAGGAUUGGUUUGGCAAAUGAUGCUUCAUUUUGAUAUUAGAAAUGAAAAUGUUCAACAAUACCAUAGUUUAUCACGUUUUUCUACAAAUUACUCACUUUUAUUUUUACUAAAAAAUAAAUUUAUUGAAUUUCCUCAACAAAAGAAAAAAUUAAUAAAUGCAAUUAUUGGUUCUAUUAAAUGUUUAACAAAAAUUGAAAUGACAGUUAAAAGUGUUAUUGAAAGUGGGAAGUGCAAUGAAAUUAUUUUGUAUUGGUUAGGAGAAAAACUUUAUAAAUCAUAUGGAAUUAAGAUAAAUAAUUUUUCAAGUGAUUGGCAAAGUGGUAUUGCUUUUAUGGCAUUGAUUCAUAUGUUUCGUCCUGAGUUAAUUAAUAUGGAACUUAUUAAGACAAAUUCUCCAAAAUUUAAUAUUUUGUUAGCUAUUAAAUAUGCUUCAAAAUAUUUAGGAAUAAAGAACAGAUUAAAAGUAGAAGAUAUCUUGUCUGAGACUCCUAACGAUGGUGCAAUAGCAUUCUACAUCUGUCAAUUUAUAAGAAUUGAUUUAAAAAAAAAUAGAAUAAAGAGUCAAAGUGUUAGAAAAUUAUUAAUUGAAAAUAAUGAUACAACAAGGCAACUUUUUCCUCAAGAAUUUCAAUUACUGACAAUUGAUGAAGAAAAUAACGGAAAUGUUUUAACGGAUAAGUAUAAUAGAAAUUUUUAUAAACCUGUUGGAAAUAAUAUUCAUGAAUAUCAUAAAGAAUAUAUUAGAGAUUUAGGAGAAAAUUAUAGUUUGUCAUUAUUGGCAGAUAGUUGUUUUUUUGAAACUGUUUCCUCUUUAGAAAAUUUGGAAUCUAAAAAAAAUUGUGGUAGUUUUACAGAUAAUAAUAAUUUAGUUGAAUUGGACGACAAUAAUUCAAUGAAUAUUGUUUCAUAUAUUUGUGAUAAUAUUAUAUUUCAAGAAAAUGAAGAAUCUACAAAUAUAUUUUAUGAAAAAAGUAUUAUGUAUAACAUUGAACAUCUUUCUUCAUCAACGAAAUUAGAACCAAAACAUCAUGUUGAAAGUAAACUUUCAACUAAAGAUAAAAAGAUAUUGAAUAAUUCAAUGAAAGAUAAUGGAAUUUUUAGUGAGGUUCCUGAACAAUCUGUUUUUAAUUAUUCAGAUGUCAAUAGUUACGGAAGCAUUGUAUAUGAAACUGAUCCUGAAGAAUUUGAAGAAAAAUGUUUAGAUUAUUAUGCAGAGAUACAAAACUCUUCAGGACAUCUUGAUGAAAGUGAGAAAAAACAAUUUUCCAAUUUCUUGGAUUCAAUUAUUGUUGAUUCAUGUAAAAAUAUUUUAACAGAAGAGAUUAUCAAUUUAUGUUUAAUGCCUUUGUUUAUGUUACCAUUUAAUAAAGUAUAUGAAAUGAUGAAUGGUGGUGAAACAAAUGAUAAUAUUUCUUCCGAUAUAAAUAUUAUACAUUCACAUGAGCAAGAAUCUCUAAUGGCAUCUAAUAAGUUGGAAAUUUCCGAAGAUCAGCAAAAUAAAAUUAAUUCUAUGAUUAGAAAUAUAGUUUUAGAUGUCACAAAAAUAACUGACGAUCUUAGUUAUCAUUCUAAUUUAGAAAAUAAAAUACCAGAAGGACAAUUACUUAGAAAAAUGAUUGAAAGAAAAAUUAAAAAAUUAUUUUACACAGUCGUUAAUCCAAUCUUUCAAUAA